AUGUCCACCAAGGUCAGCCCGCUGACCCGGGCCGUACUCGGCGCCCUGCUCAUCCACGCCGUGGCGUAUAUCGCCGUCAACGCGCUCCUCUUCAUGAUCAAUCUCAUGACAACGCUCCUUUUUCCGCCGUGGUUCUUGUGGCCUCUCGUGUGCUGGGGUUUCGGCCUCGUUAUACACGCGGCAGUCAGCUUCUGCCUCGCCGGACCUCGCCAGAUCGGUGCAUUCUGCACGGAGACCGCCGCGGCCAUACCCGCUCUCGCUCCUCUCCUGCAGCCUAUCCGCGCUGCGCUUGGCAGCUGA